CCGCCUCGUUCCGCCUCCGCCCGCCCUCAGCGCUCGCCCACGGAUCGCGCGCGCACGCGUGUGGAAAGCCUCUGGUGCGGAGGGGGGGAGCGGUCGCUUAGAGUAACGCCUUUGUGCACUUCAGCUGUUGAAGGGAACAAACAAGCAGAACAGGCAGCAGAUUUGGGCCCAUGGAGUUCUUGCAUCUCCUUAGAGAGCCAGCUCAGAGCCUCAGACAGCUCAAAAUACUGCCUCUCAGCUAAUAAGGAAGAAAAGAAUGCGGAGUUCACAGUUGUUGAUUGUUUCCAGCAGAAAUUUGGCCCUUCAGUGCUGCCCCUAAAACAGCAAUGUGUUGUCAGAAUAGCAGAAGAAGGUGUUAAUUUGUGUCAUCAUGGAAAACUCUCAUGGCCUGAAACAGUAACAAAGAGGCAUGUUUUUCUAUUUGAUACCUUUCUUCUGGAACCCCAGGCUUUCAAAAAUGGAUUAAAAAUGGUGCUUGAAGAUAAAAACAUCUUGAAGAUCAUAUAUGACUGCUGGUGUGUCUCAGACUGUCUCUUUCACCAGUACGGUGUCCUUCAGUGUCUUGGAUACACAAGUACCCUUCAAAUAUUCUGGUUUGGAACAAAAGCUUCAACAAGAGAAACUUCAGGGCAUUUUCUCAAAGAAGGUUUAACAUUACUACAAUUACUUAAACCUGCUGAAGCUGCUGAUGCUCUGCAGUUUUCAAUGACUACAGGUGCUUUUCUUCCACACCGUGUCUGCACAUUACAGGAGUGUUUGAUGCAGCCCUUGAAGAUACCUUCCAAAUGGAAUGCCAUCCUGAAGUGCAGGCAGCAGUUGACUUCGGAGAAUCCUGACAUAUGGUUCUUGAGGCUCUUCCCAGCUUCUCUGCUUAAUGCACUUGUUCUGAACACUAUGUACCUCCUGCUGGUCCACUCAUCUCUAAUGGAUAACUUGAUGUCUGACCUAUCAGCUGUAGCACAUGGUUAUUUUAAUGCUUAUUGGAGUCCUGGAGAUCACCUUGUGAGCACAAAGCCCACUUUUACAGAGCUGCCAGAGGAGCUGUGUCAGCUGGCAGACAUCCAGAAGCUGCAAAGGGAGAAAGCAAUAAAAGACUACAGGAUGAAUGAGGAUGGUCUUUUGGUGAGAACAGCCAUGGAAUCUAGUAGAGAGAAAAAAAUCCAGAAGGAUGGAAACUACAGACAUAAUUGGAAUUGAUGUCCCACAAAUAAAGCAGGGUCUCAAAUCACGUUCUUCAACAAUUAUGAUGUACUUUGUCAAAGAAGAGCUUGA